AUGGCACUCCUCAGUGUUUGUUUCAUUGUGAGCUGUGUGGUGACUUAUCAUUUUACACAUGGCAAAAUUGACAAAAGGCUGUCUGAACUACAUGUAUAUCAUUCAGGUCUAACCUGCUUCAGUGAAGGAACAAGGGUGACAGAUCAGCUGAUGCAGUUUAUGGUGGUCUUUCAUGGUCAGAAUUUCAUUGUCCAGCAGCUGAAUGAAUCACUUUCUUAUUUUCUGGGGCUCUCAGAUCCACAAGGUAAUGGCAAUUGGCAAUGGAUCGAUCAGACACCUUUCAAGAAAAAUGUCAGGUUCUGGCACCCAAAUGAGCCCAAUUUUCCUGCAGAGCAGUGUGGUUCAAUAGUUUUCUGGAAACCUGGAGGUUGGGGCUGGAAUGAUGUUUUCUGUGGUACUAAAAGGAAUUCAAUAUGUGAGAUGAAGAAGAUUUACCUUUGA